GCGGAAGUGGCGGGCAGGGGGCGGGCUCACGCCUGCGCAGUUCGGAGCCGCCGACAGGAAGCGGUGGCCGCGAGCUCCCGGUUCCCGCCCGCGCCCCUGCCCUGCGGCUCCUGCGUCCUGCGGCCCCUGCGGCCCCUGCCUCCCGCCGCCGCCGCUAUGUUUCUCACACGCUCCGAGUACGAUCGGGGGGUGAACACUUUCUCUCCGGAGGGGAGGCUGUUCCAGGUGGAGUAUGCCAUCGAGGCCAUCAAGCUUGGCUCCACAGCCAUUGGGAUCCAGACCUCGGAGGGGGUGUGCCUGGCCGUGGAGAAGAGGAUCACCUCCCCCCUGAUGGAGCCCAGCAGCAUCGAGAAGAUUGUGGAGAUUGACUCCCACAUCGGCUGUGCCAUGAGUGGCUUAAUAGCUGAUGCAAAGACUCUGAUUGAUAAGGCACGAGUGGAGACCCAGAACCAUUGGUUCACCUACAACGAGACCAUGACGGUGGAGAGUGUGACCCAGGCAGUGUCCAACCUGGCGCUGCAGUUCGGCGAGGAGGAUGCAGACCCUGGGGCCAUGUCGCGGCCCUUCGGCGUGGCGCUGCUGUUCGGAGGAGUGGACGAGAAGGGACCUCAGCUGUUCCACAUGGACCCCUCGGGCACCUUUGUGCAGUGCGAUGCCAGAGCCAUCGGCUCCGCCUCGGAGGGGGCACAGAGCUCCCUGCAGGAGGUUUACCACAAGUCCAUGACGCUGAAGGAAGCCAUCAAAUCCUCCCUGGUCAUCCUGAAGCAGGUGAUGGAGGAGAAGCUCAAUGCCACCAACAUCGAGCUUGCCACGGUGGAGCCUGGCAUGAAGUUCCACAUGUACACGAAAGAGGAGCUGGAAGAGGUCAUCAAGGAUAUUUGAGAGGGGGAAGAGACUCCCCCUGAGGCUUGACCCAUCCUGAUCAAAGUGAACUGGUUCCAGGUCCACUCAGCAGCUCUGAGCUCUGACCUCCCCCUGCCAGCUCUGAGCUCUGAUUGCUCUUCCCAAAGGUCCUGCAGGUGUUUUUUACACUCUCUGUACAUAACUGAGCUCGACAAGGACAGGAGAUGACAAUAAAUCAUUUUGUUACUCUA